UCAGAGCUUCAUCCUUCUCAACACAGGUUUGCCAAUUACACCCUUCACACGCGCCUCUAGAAACGCUACAACAACCUUGCAUUUGAAACUUGAAAAGUCACGGGAACAGGAAUCACACACACACGUUGUCAAUUAACCAAGAUGACCUCUUCAACUCCUUCCAGCGACCUCCGCCGCCCUCAGCGCUUCAUUACAGACCAUGCCCCCGACGGCAAAGCCAUCUUCAACACCACUCUCCCCACCGAGAUCCCCCAACAAACCGUCGGAGGUGACGUAAAAUUCUACCUCGGCUACACCACCGAACAGACACCUGUCUCCCUCACCGGCAACAAGGAUGUCGAGUCCUACGCCACGCGCCUCGCGAACCCGCCGGGCAUCGUGAUCCCUGGCGGCAGCGUCGUGCGCAUCGUCGACAUGCCGCCGAGCUCCUUGUCGCCCAUGCACCGCACCGUGAGCCUUGACUACGGGGUUGUACUCGAGGGGGAGGUCGAUCUAGAGCUGGAUUCCGGGGAGACGAGAAGAAUGCGGAGGGGGGACGUGAGCGUGCAAAGGGGCACGAUGCAUGCGUGGAAGAAUGUGAGCGAGACGCAGUGGUCGAGGAUGCUGUACGUGCUACAAGAGAGCGAGCCGCUCGAGGUCGCUGGGCAGGUUUUGAAGGAAGAUUACGGCGUGGGGAUGGGUGAUGUGAAGCCGUCCACGAAAUGAGGUCUCGACCGUGGGGGGUCGCUUGUUGUUGGAAUAGAGAUGCGGGUAUCCGCGCCCCGCCCCCGCGGAUGAAGCUGGCUACAAUUUCAUAUAAAGUGUUCACG